AUGGCUUCUACCACUUGCAACAAAUUCCUAACGCUUCUUAUUCCUCUCCUUUUCAUUAAUGUAGCAUGUGUUGCUGCUAACUUCAACCAAGAUUUUCAAAUUACAUGGGGAGAUGGUCGUGCCAAAAUACUCAACAACGCCAAUCUUCUUACUCUCUCCCUUGACAAGGCCUCAGGCUCUGGCUUUCAAUCCAAAAAUGAAUACUUAUUUGGCAAAAUCGAUAUGCAGCUUAAACUUGUUCCAGGAAACUCUGCCGGCACUGUCACCGCCUAUUAUCUAUCAUCAAAAGGGGGUGCAUGGGAUGAGAUAGACUUCGAAUUCUUGGGAAACUUGAGUGGUGAUCCUUACAUAGUUCACACCAAUGUGUUUAGCCAAGGAAAAGGUAAUAGAGAGCAACAAUUUCAUCUAUGGUUUGACCCAACUGCAGAUUUUCACACAUACUCGAUUCUAUGGAAUCCACAACGCAUUGUGUUUUCAGUGGACGGGACACCAAUAAGGGAGUUCAAGAAUUUGGAAAGAAUAGGAGUUCCAUUUCCAAAGAAUCAAGCAAUGAGGAUAUACUCAAGCCUUUGGAAUGCUGAUGAUUGGGCAACAAGAGGUGGACUUAUAAAGACAGAUUGGUCGAAAGCUCCAUUCACUGCUUCAUACAGAAAUUUCAAUGCAAAUAAUGCUUGUAUAUGGAGCAGUGGAAAAUCAUCAUGCAAAUCAUCUCCUACAUCAGCAUCAUGGCAAUCCCAAGAGCUUGACUCAACUGGUUUGCAGAGGAUGAGAUGGGUGCAGAAGAACUAUAUGAUUUACAAUUACUGCACAGAUAAAAAGAGAUUUCCCCAAGCCCUUCCACUUGAAUGCACUCACUCCUAG